AUGCAGCACAAGAAGCGAGGAAGACCAAAGCUUCGAGAAAAGAGAAUCUAUUCCUCCAACGAGCACACAUACGAGAUUUUAUAUGGUACAAUUCAGGAACCAGCCAUCAUGAUGAAAAACUCAUCUAGAAGCAUUAUACCUAAUCAACAAGCUCCUCCAUUCAAAGCAAAUCCUUCUCAUUCACAACAGCAUCAGCCGAUCAUACCAUCAUCAUCAGCCAACAACACCAAACGCUCAUCCAUCAUUUCGUUUGUCCAUGAAUCUUUCCAGCCUUCGCCUCCAUGCCCAUCACCGCCCAAAUCCAUUGCAGCUACACACUUGUCCAUUUCCGAAAUAAGCUCAACAGAUCAGUCUGCUCUGACCAUAGAUACAGUAGCGGUGGCUAUACCCACUGUGCAGCUUUCAUCAAAUCCCCUCACAUCGCAGCCCUUAUUAUUUAACAAUCAUAUCAAUUCGUCUGCUGCUGCUACUUACAAUCCUGUUUUGAAUCCAUCGCCAUCGCCACCCGCCUCUACCUCAACAACGACAGCAUCAGAACAACAAGCACCGAGCUCGCUCACCAUCAUUUUGUCCAUGGAAGUGUGCUGUGCAAAAGUAUCAGACGACACCAUCAAAUGCUGGGGCUAUUACCCGCAAGAGCUAGCGCAUCGAUCGCUCUAUGAUUUUAUAUCCAACAAAGAUUCUGACCGGCUCGCUCGAUUGCACAGACUGUUGAUAGAUAACGCCAUCAAUGUCAUCAAGAGCAACCAAACAAACGAUGCGGCGCCCUUGCCACCUACGGAAAGAACCACUUCUUCAUUGUUUAGCAGUACAAAUCAACAGCAACUGAGUGUCAUUGCCCAUGGUUCAAGGUCAUUUUCGGAUACGAUACAUAUAAAGAAGCGUUCAGGCGAGUAUGAGCUGUAUAAAGUCAUUGUCUACAUUGGCGGCGGUCUUGGUGCUGACCUAUAUGAUGCGUCCACGCUGUCCAAACAGUACAUUGUUGCCCAGUUUCAUCGCCAUGAGUAUGAGGUAAUUGUGCCUCCACCACAGCCACAGCCACAGCCACAGCCACAGCCACAGCCACAGCCAAUGCCCGCGACUACAACAACCACAAUGGCAGCUAUAUCAACAUCAGCUCCAACUGGCACAACGAGCUCAGUACCUACAUCAAACAAUAAUACACUGCUAUCCACCGAUAAUUUUGCAUCUUAUUACAGCAACAACACCACGAUUCAGCCGAUAGCCGUGUUCUCUCCCAUGUCUCCCCUGACACCAACUUCGCCAAGCAAUAGCAGUAUCACAAAUUUUGGAAAUAACCAUACCACAUCAAUCAGCUCUGCAGCUAUUCGUGGACCCAGCACUACUACAAAUCUAGAUUUAUUUAGACGGGAUUCAAGUUUUAAUAAUAGCAGCUCUACGACUAGUAAUCCCAAGUUCUCCAAGAUUUCCUCUGCGCUACAUCCCUCCUUAUCGCCCAAAUUCAACAUUGCACCUACCACCAAUACCAGCAACAGUCUGUUUCAUCGAUUCCAGUCUUCAUCUUCCGUGUCACAGGCUUCUUCAUCGACCCCGACGCCUGUGCACAUGCAGAGCAGUUCCAUGACAGUGACACAUCCCACUCAGCAGUACUUCUUGCAAACAUCUAGUAGCACACUCAAUGCUGCUGCCUCUGCCGCGCAAAACAAGUCGAGAUCCAAUAUACCUUCGCAAGAAACGACUGUUGUGACAUCGGAUAGAAAGAUGGAAAUGAGUAUCCGAUCUCUGUUAUGUUGA